AUGUCAUUCCGUACUCGCAGAUUUUCACUUCAAGUCCCAAUGGGGACAGAACCAAGUGGUAGCGGAAAAAUCAAAGUUGAUGAACAUUAUCCAUCAGGUUGGUUAUAUUUUUUUUCUGGAUACUUAAAAAAUUAUUCAAAUUGUUUUAGAACUCGAUGAGCCACCACCAUUUGAUGUGCGGAAGAUUGAAAAUAUACGAGCUAAUGUGAAAUUUGACACACUUUAUCAAGUCACCAAAUUGCUUGGAGAGUAAGUUAUUGGAUCGGAAUGUGAGAAUUUUAAUUUUAAAAAAUUUCAGCGGAAAAUUCGGAAAAGUUUAUUGUGUUAUUGAAAAAGCGACAGGUCAUGAAUUUGCGGCAAAGUUUAUCAAAAUUCGAAAGGUAAUUUUAUAUUCGGGGCUUUUUAAUGAAACAAAGCGACUAAAGAAUUUUUAAAAAUAAUUUUGAUUUCUAAAAUUAAACGCGUGGGGUUUUGCUAAAAAUAGCUAUUGUCACAAAAUAAUUGGAAAAAUUCCAAAAAUAUUUUGAAAAGCAUUCAAAGAACAGUUCAAUAAUUUCUAGAAUUUUUUACAAUUUGGGCUCAUUCUAGGUCUAAAAAACUAUAUCAUUAGCUAAAAAAAUUGCCACCAAGUUCCAAAAAAAAUUCAAAAUUUCAGGAGGCUGAUAGAGCUGAAGUUGAGAGAGAAGUCUCGAUAUUGACGCAAUUACGACAUCCAAGAAUUGCUCAAAUCUACGAUGCCUUUUAUACCACAACAAAUGAUGUGGUUCUAAUCAUGGAAAUGUGAGUCAUUUUCAACACAAAACAAAAGAAAAAAAGGUUUUUUUAGUGUUCGUGGUGGUGAAUUGUUUGACCGAGUUGCUGAAGAAUCGUAUGAAUUAUCGGAAUUGGCUGUGGUUAUGAUUGUUUGUCAACUUUGUGAAGCGAUUGAUUAUAUUCAUAAGCAAAAUAUAUUGCAUCUUGAUGUCAAGGUGAGUUUUUCGAUUUCCGGUAAUUUGAAAUUCGUGAUUUCUGAUGUGAGAAAAAACAGCUGACAUCAUUUUUCUUGGGAUGUUCUUUUUUCGUUCUCAUAAGAGAGUGGGAGGAAAUGGAUAAAAAAGAGAUGCUCAGAAAACUUUUUGAUGAAAAGUCGGAGAGAGAGAGAUCAGAGAAAAAUGUGACAGAGGUUUUUUUUCGAAAUUUAUUUUGAGAUUGGAAUUUGGAGAAUGGGAAACUGAAAAGUGAAAAAACAUUGGAUCUAGAAAUUAAAAUGAAGUUUUUUUGGACACAAUUCUCAUGAUCUCUGAAUUUUAAUUAUGAGAUAAUCAGGAAAAUUCCACAUUUUUCAGCCUGAAAAUAUCAUGUGCGUUUCGUUAACUGGAAAUCGCAUCAAAUUGAUUGAUUUUGGUUUGGCUCGACAUUAUGAUGGAAAACAGGUACCUAAAAAUAUACUUUCAAAAAAUUUCGAAAACAACCUAUACACAUGUACAUAUAUUAAUUUCCUGUUAUUUCUAGGAGCUCAAAUACAUGGCCGGAACUCCUGAAUUCGCCGCGCCGGAAGUGAUAAAGUUUGAAAAACUCGACUAUCAUACGGAUAUGUGGAGUAUCGGUGUGAUCACUUAUAUUUUGUAUGUUUCUAUUUUUAUUUUUCUGUGCUCCUCCCGCUUACCAAAAAAAAAACACGAGACCUCGUCUCAAUGAAUACAAAAUGUUCAUCCUUUUUUAUUAUUCAUUUGUAGAUUGUCCGGAUAUUCGCCAUUUUUGGGUGAUACACUUGGUGACACUUAUUGCAACGUUGAGAAAGGUGUUUGGGAAUUCACUGAAGAAUUUGAUACUGUUAGUGCGGAAGCAAAGGAUUUUGUUGAAAAACUUCUCAUUUAUGAUCAAAGGUAUGUUGUUGAUUUUCAAAGUAACCAAAGUCUUUAUGAAUUUUUCAGCAAACGUAUGCUCCCACAUGAAUGUCUAAAUCAUCCCUGGAUUGCGAAACAUCGACAAAAAGCAGCUUGUAACGCAGUUUUAGAAAAACCACUCAACGCUCCUCCUCUUGAUAAGGAACAGUAUAUGAAAUAUACCAGAAGACGAAAAUUGAGGGUUAGUCUGGAAAGGCCACCAUGUUUUUUAAGGGAAAUUUGAUUAUUUUUCGAAUGGAACGCAGAUGUGUAUUUCUUUCUCUAGAACAUGGUUCAUGUCUGAUCAUUUUUUAUGAAUCAUAAAAAGGUUUCAAAAAAAUUUCAGUAUUUUGUCUGGAAUUCUUUUUUUUAUAACAAUUUCAUAUUCACCUUAUGAUGACAAUUAAUGUGUCAAAAAUAACUAUUACUCACACAAUGAUUUCAAAAAAAACCAAAAAUCGUUUUUUUCAUUUUUCAGAGUUUGAUAAUCUACGUGAAAUUUGUUAUCGAAAUGAACCGUCUCCGUCAAAAAUUGAGUGUGAAUGCUGUCAAAUUCUUCGACCCACUUAUCAAGAAAACACAAACCGACGAGCAACGAGUCACCGAUGUUUGUAAUUCAACAGCUCCAUCCACGUCUGCAUCUUCGGUUCUAGCCAAGGUAACAAAACUGGAUUUGUUUUCAAGUCUAUCUGUUUUUCUAGGUUAUCGAAAUGAAGAGGAAAGGAAGUGAGGCGAGUCAUUUGAGUCAAAUCAAAGAAGAAAAUGGGUCACCAGAAAAGAAACCCGAGAAGAAAAUGGUAAUUUUUCAAAAAAUUUCCUUUAGAAUAAAUAAUCAGUGUUUUUUUUUUCAGUCUACAACCAGUGUCGAUAAACCAAAGAAAAAGAAGAAAAUUGUUCAUGAAAGUGUUAAACCAGCAACUCCAGAGAUCGCUAUAACAAAUGUCCAAAUUGAAGCAUCAGAAAAAGCAGAAUCUGAAAAUGGAAAAAUUAUUGAAAAGAAAUUGGCAUUGCCAGAAAAACGAAAGGAGAGCACAAAAUCAGAAUCUGAUUUGAUUAAUAAGAAAAAGAAGGAGAAAAUCAGCAAAGCGGUUAAGGAAUCAGAAGUCUUGAAGUCAAUAACGCCAAAGAAAUCCACUGAAUCGGAGAAAUCAAGUGUUCUCAAAAACAUUGAGAUUGGUUCUGAUAAGAAUUCUGUGGAGAAGGAGAAGAAAUCAGUGACAUCGGAAAAUAUUAUUGAAAAACCAAAAGUUGAGCCGAAAUUAGUGAAAGCAAAAACCGAAAGUGGAGAUAGCACCAAGGAAAAUCAACAGGAGGUGAAAAAACCAGCAAGACAGGUUAGUUUUAGUAAUUCAAAAAAUAUCACAUGUUAAAAUUAAAAACAUAGUUUUUUAUUAAUAUAACUUGGUAUCUAACCGUUUUGAUAAAAAUCUCAAAAUCAGCCCUCCAAAUAAACAGAAAAUUUCAGGGAGCUCUUCGCAAGCGAGACAAAUCAAUAGAAAAUGUCCUGAACUCUGCUCCUGUCCCCACAACUCUGUCAAAGCAAGGAUCAACAACAUCAUCUUUAACUCAUACGCUCGUUGAAACUGUCAAACCUAAUGGUGAAAUUGCAAAAUCUGAGAAACUUAUUGUCAAGAAAAAGAGUUUGAAGUUGAAAUCGGAUGAUGUGAAAUCCAUAGAUGAGAAAGCACCAGUGAAAACAGUUGAGCAACAUGAACCUCUUCCGGUUAGUUGUGUGCUCCAUUUUUUCAAGCUCUCAAUCUUAUUGUUUCAGAAAAUCACAACAAGUAUUGUUCAUUUGGAGAAAUCUGAUCGUGACAAAAUCAGAAAACGGUUGAGUGAAAAAGGGAAAGAUACGCCAGAAAGAAAACCAGUGACAAAAAUGACGUUGACUGAAGAUAAAAAAGAAACAACGACUGUUCAAACUACAACCAGUUGCAAGCGAACAACAAAAUCGUCAGAGAAAAAAUUGGAACACAAUUCCGAUGGAAAAAGUGUUGAAUUGACGCAUAAGAAGAAUUCACAACACGAUGAUUGUAAAGUUAGUCAAAUCACUACCAAAAAAGAGGAGACACCUGCGAUGGAAGCACCAAAAACAAUUGUGAAUAAAAAAGUUGUGAAACAAGCAUUGGUGAAAAGCACAUCAGAAAAAGAGAAAACAACAAAAGACGGGGAGAAUACGGAGAAAACUUUGAAGAAAACUGACAAGGAUUCAAAAAUUGUUAGCAUUGAAGAGAAACAAUUGGUGAAUGGAGAUAAAGUGGAUCAUACAAAAGUCACUGGAACAAAAACUGUUACUAAUAAAUUGGAGGUUGAGGAAAUGCCAAGAAAAUCAUCGCUCAAGAAAACAACUGAGGUUUUGAAAAAAGUUGACAUCACGAAAAAUGAUAAAAUCGGAACUAUUAAAUCAAAAGACAAGACAUCGGUGAGUAAAACUUUGUUUUUUCGAUGAUACUUCAACAAAUUCUUUUUUUCACUGUAAAUUUCCAAAAUUUCUAUAUACUGAAAUUUUUUUAAAUCUGAAGCUAGUAUUGAUAUUUUUCAGAAAUUUGAAGAAACCCUCGAAAUCUGGUCUAAUAGGCUAAGUUACAGGUUUAUCCAUAACAUAGAAAAUUUAAGAACUGAUAUAGUUAGAAAAAUUAAUUUUUGAAUUUUCCUUAAAAAAUAUGUCUGCCCAUUUUUCAACCUCAUUAUCAGUUCCGCUUAUUUUUCAGGUCAAAAUAACUCCAGACAGUGGUAGUGAAACAUCAUCCAACAAAAGUGUUCGUAUAAAUUUAUCAAGUGAAAGCUCCCUAAAAUCCAGUGUCAAAUCAAAUUCAUCAAAAAUGAGCACAAGAGACAGCUCAGAGGAGCGCAAAAAAGUUCGAUUUGCUGGGGAAACCGAAUCUGAAGCAUCAUCUUCAGUGGCAGAAUUGAAACCCUCGCCAGGUCCACUUUUUGGGCCAGGUUUGCAGAAAAUGCGAUCAGAAAGUUCGUUGCAUAAUAGAGCGCCAAACUCAAACAAUACAGCAUUUUUGAAUCGUGUUGGAUCAAUUCAUGUUGAUAUUGAUGACUAUCGGACUUCUAAUGAAUUUGAAUAUAGUAAUCUGAAAGAUGUAUUAGCUCGAAGAAUAAGUGAAGGUUAUGCCGAUUUUGAUAAACGUCCAAGAAAACCUGUAACUAUUCCACAAACAUAUUCAGUUGAAGCUCGACGAAAAUUAUUUGAGAGCCGAUUGCAAAAUUGA